GAGCAAGAGAUUGCAUCCAUUGACGGUUGUGAAGUGGAGAGUGGCAGGCUUGCCGUCUAUGUCUCCUGGGAAACCGGCCAUAGGACGAGGCAUGACGCAUCAGUCUUGUACAAAAAUUGUCCCCAGAAGAUGCUCCGAUUUUACGAAAAGCAUAUCAAGAUCAUCGAGGAGUAA